GCGGACUUUAUUGCCAUGGCGCCUCCCUUUUUCGUAUACUUCGGCGUAGCGAUGGACACGCCCGACACGCUCGAGCUCGCAUGGCGUCAAUGUGGAGCUUACAGGGAUUUAUUGCAGAUCAACUCCACUUCCACCUCCGCAGGGGAAGGCGGUGCGUGGGAACACAUCAUCCGCGGGGUGAACCCAGACUUGGGAAUCUGGAGUACGGGAAAUGGAUGGGUGGUGUUGGGCAUGGCGAGAGUACUGGCUACGAUUUUACAUUGGGAUCGCACGGCCAAGGAUCCGCAGUGGGAGGAAGCGGUGGGGGAGUUGUAUGCGUGGAUCGGAGAGAUUUUGGGAGUGGCGAUGCAAGCGCAGAAUACUGAAGAGAGCAGUGGACUAUUGCGGAAUUACUGGAACACACCCGAAGGAGAGGAGGUAUGGUUCGGGGAAGUCAGCGGCAGCGCGGCGGUGGCGGCUGUAGUCUUCCGCAUCGCGGUCCUCCAACACGAGCCGGGAAGCUUCUUGAAAGAGACAGUCGUGACGCCGGAAAUGUUGCGCUGGGCGGAGGGAUUGCACACUGCGGUGGGAAAACAUGUGGAUAGUGAAGGCAUCGCGAGUCCGGCGGUAGAUCCGCUGAGUUGGGGGAGUCGGACGCCGUAUAUGAAGGGAUCUCCGGAGGGGCAGAGUUUUGUUGUUAUGGCGUAUGCUGCUUGGAGGGAUUGUGUUGGGGCGGGGGUCUGUGGGGUUUAG